AUGAUACAGCAGCUGUGGAAGCACAUACGCCUCGACUUUGAGCACAUUGACGAUGUGACGCACAAGAAGGAGGACCGACGCCGUGGUCGCCUUGCCUCCACGAUGCGGCACCUGCAGCAGCAGGGCGUUUUGCGCUGCUCCAUCCCGAUNGUCUCGCUCGAUGCGAACGGCUCCAAGGCGAUUGAUGUUGCAAAGGACACCUUUGUGAAUUACAUGCUUCUGGGUGAGAGCUAUGCCCAGCAAGAGACGAUCGAUCGUGUCGCGCGUCUUAUGCCGCGUCUGGAUGCCAUGGAGCUGAGUAGUGUUGUGCGGUACGUUCUGUCGAAGCGGCGCCUCGCCCGCCUCUUCGAUGAGCUCGACAUGCAAGUGCUCCUCAAACCCAGUACUGCUGCAUCGGUUGCCUGCGCGGAGGGAGGCGAGAUGGAGGCGAAGAUGGUGAAGGAACACGAGGAUGCGUCAAGGAGCAACAACAGCAGCAGUAGUAGGGAUAACAAUGCGGCGAAAAGGUGCGGCGAGACCACAGCAGCGGCGCUGCGGCUGCGCCAGGACGAGAAGAGUGUCAUACUCCUCAGCUGCCUGGGCGAGUUGCAGAUGUUCUCGCGGCAGGACCGCUCGCACAGCGUGGCGUCCCGGGCGGCGGCCGAGCAGCUCGUGCUCAACGUGCUCGGCACCCACGUGACGGAGAACAUCGUUGCUGAGCUGGUGCACGGGGUGCUACAGAGCGUCGUGGAGGAGGGAACUCCGGUGUGGCGGGCCCACUGCAGCGAGCUUACGGACAAGCUGUUCGAGGGUACAAGGGCCGUGCCGUCGCCGCUCGCUGCAUCGCCGGCGUCAGCGUCACCUGCGGCGCCGGAGGAGCGCGAGCGGCGCACGGCGGAUCUCUGCGGGCUGUACGCACUCGACAUGGGGCGCGACGCGGCGCCGCUCCCGCCGACAGUGGGACGGCAGUCGUGGCACGACGUGUCGCGUGCCUUGGCGCUGGAGCUGACGGUGCCAAGCCCGGUUAAUAAGAGCGCUGUGUUUGCCGCACCAGCACCGCGGCUGCAGCCACGGAAGAAGAACGAAAAGUAG